AGGCCACCGGCAGCUGAGCCCUCCGGGCAGACCUGGGUCUGGGCAGACGGCUCCACCAGUGUGACAGUGGACAGGGACUUCUCUACGCUGGACACUGGGAAGGGCCUUUGCCCCACGCCCGCGGUCGGUGGGCACUGACAGAGAAGAUCACUUUCUGCUGGAGCCCUCCCUCCCACACGCUUCCCACAACCCCUCCAGGAAGAGGCCCUGGGACCCCCGCCGAGAGCCCCAGAUGGGAGGACAACUGUGCUAUGACAGUGACAGAGGCCAAGGAGGAGAAAGCUGAGGCCUGCUGACAGCCCCACAUCCUGUCCACAGCUGCAACUUCCACCUCGGGCCUUCCUCCUGGGGACUCGCGGGGCGCCCACUCUCCGAGCACAGCAUGGUGGUCCAGGACAGCUCGGAUGCUGGGGACACCAGGAUGGGCGUGCAGCUGGAGCCCUUCCUGCACCAGGUCGGGGGGCACCUGAGCGUGAUGAAGUACGACGAGCACACUGUGUGCAAGCCCCUCAUCUCCCAGGAGCAGAGGUUCUAUGAGACCCUGCCGCUGGCCAUGAAGCGCUUCACCCCGCAGUACAAAGGCACCAUCACCGUGUACCUCCGGAAAGACAGCCUCGGCCACCUCAGGCUGGUUGCCAACCCACUGAAGGAGAACCGGGGGCCCUUCAAGGUCUCCACGGAGUCAGCGGCAGUGGCGAUAUGGCAGACGCUCCAGCAGACCACCAGUGGCAGUGGCGGCGCCCGCCCCCUUGCCGAGUGGCAGCACGCCCAGCUGGCACACUCGCUCAAGGAGAGCCCAGCCACAGCGCUCCUGAGGUCCGAGUUCCACCUCAACGCCCAGGUCUCCUCGCUGGUGGAAGAUGCCAACAGGAACCAGGCUGAGAGGAGGAGCUUUAACCCGUGGGGCCUCUACUGCCACCAGGCCCACUUGACCCGCCUGUGCGCCGAGUACCCAGAGAACAAGCGGCACCGGUUCUUGCUGCUGGAAAACGUCGUGUCACAGUACAAGCAUCCCUGUAUCCUGGACCUAAAAAUGGGGACCCGGCAGCAUGGGGAUGACGUGUCCGAGGAAAAGAAGGCCCGCCACAUGAGGAAGUGCGCGCAGAGCACCUCGGCCUGCCUGGGCGUGCGCAUCUGUGGCAUGCAGCUUAUGGCAGGGGCUGCAGGAGAACAGGAAGAAAUAAACUUUCUCCACGCGCUCGCUCUCACCGUCUACCUACUCAAAGCAAAACCAGACACCGAUUUGACGGUUUAUCAAGUUGAUAAGAGGCACUUUCUCUGCAAAGACAAGUACUAUGGACGAAAACUCUCAGUCGAGGGCUUCAGACAAGGGCUCUGUCAGUUCCUGCACGACGGCACGCGCCUCCGGACAGAGCUCCUGGAGCCCAUCCGGCGCCAGCUCCAGGCCCUCCUCUCGGUCAUUAGGAGCCAGAGUUCAUACCGGUUCUACUCCAGCUCUCUCCUCAUCAUCUACGAUGCGCAGGAGCCGGCGGAAAGAGCCCCGGACGGCCUGCACCCUCAGAAGGUUCUGGAGACAGCCCAUGGCAGCUCUUCCUGCUGUGUCACCAAGGUUGACAUCCGGAUGAUUGACUUUGCUCACACGACAUACAAGGGCUCCCAGAACGAGCACACCACCUACGAGGGACCAGAUCCAGGCUAUAUUUUUGGUCUGGAAAACCUCAUCCAGAUCCUGCAGGAUAUCCAGGAGGGAGAAUAAGACUUGGUGGGCCCAGCCAGAUUUUUCUGGAGUAUAGAUCUUAAAAGGGACCUAUUGGUAGCUAAGAUAGUCUAGACAACCCUUAGAUGUCUUUGUAAUAACUAUAUCUACAUUCAGAAGCCAUCUCUUUACAUGGCAGGCUAUGUUAACAGCUGCUAAAGAAACCAGAUCUGGAGGUAAUUCCACGUACCCUGGCAUCUUGGCUAAUGCUGGUCAUCGCAGGCUGGACGGUCAGUACAAAAUGGCACCAUCUUGGAGGACAGUGGAGGGUGCAAUAUGAGUUGGAGGCCAGCAUUACAGCGAGAUUCUGAGGUAUUCGCGUUUAAAAAUGCUUUCUUGUCAUGCUGCAGUUCUCACAAGCUGUGAGAAACCUUACUUGAAGAAGUCUUGAAGAAUGAGUUCACGAGUUCAUGGUUGUCUGCCUGUAUGGGCUGCCCAUCCAAGGGCACAUGGAGCUAAUGAAUCUCUUCCCUUCCUGAGAGGCCCUGGAGGCGGGGCAGCACGCAGUGGGCAGAUCUGCCCAUCUCACCAGCUGUGUACCCAGGUUCUGAAUGGACAAGGACCACCCCACACAUGGCGCUGGCAGGCCGAGAGCCCGGGUUCUCCACUUUUGCCUGUGGAGAGAAGGGUCUUGCCCCUUUACAGACUUCCAGGUACCUGUUGGAAGUGAUGAUUCUGCCAGAUUCUGACCACGAAAUGGCUCUGACCAUGAAAUGCAGCUUCCAGUGGCGGUGGACUGCGCAUAAGGAGAAGCCACUGAAGUUACACUACACUCUCAGCUUAGGCUUACUAUUUAUUUAUUUUGGGGGUUGGGAGGGGGGUCAGAAGUGAGGAGCCUGGAGGAAACCAGGCGUGAUGUUUACAAGACUGGUGGACAAGUGUAAAUAAGGAACAAAGAGCAAAGUUCUAAUUAAUUCCGUCUUCUGCAGUGUGGAAACCUAUUACGAUGCCCUUGAGACAAGCACAGAGAUACGUUCCCCAAUUAGGGAAAUAAAUUUGUUAAUAAAAUUGCUGAGGUCACCAGUGA